GUGUAGCCUCCCGCUCAAGCCAUCAUCGGCAAUGCGCGGACAGACAAGGCGAUAUUCCUCUGCCCUCCAAAACCAAACGAAGAGCAAACAACAACGCUUUUACCGGUGACACUCUUCGGUCAUUCGGUAACAUAAGGUAGUCCGUUUGUAACGCAAAAUGGCUCAAAGCGGAUUAAAAGAAGGCUUUUGUGUAAUGUGAUACCGGGAGACUGACGCUUGUUCAUGUUUCACGGAUGUUACAGUUUUUUUUGCCUCUGUAGCGUUGUAUGUUAGCAAUGGAUCUCUAUCCCUCUUCGGAGUCUGUUAUGCGGAUAGGGAGGGAGUCGUGCCGUUUGUUCCCCUUGUGCUCUAGCUGUUGAUAGCUAGCCUCCAAAGAAAAUAACAAUGAACUGAAUCAAACAGUUUUGUUUUAGGCUUUUACCCUGCUGAUAUUUUAAAGACACACCCGGGAACAUUUUGUAUUUGUUGAACGAACCUUUUGUUGAAACUAGACAAACAUUUUGGGAUCACCAGCUUCUUUGGGCAGUGGUGCAUUGAGGCGACACAACAAUGGGAUUAUCUUUGACCAUUGACUGAGAAUUGUUUUUAAAAGUUAAUUUAUCUCAGAGAAUAUAGUGGUGAGUUUUUGGACAGAGCGCAUAUUUGCGCGAAAUUUGGAUGACUUGACAAUCUACCUGCCUAAAUUUGUGGAGAAGACCAUUGUGAGGACUCGCCGGGCAAUCGCAUGUGUCCAGUCUAGUUGGUCUGGUCUAGAACGGCUUCAUCACUGGAACACGACCACACAAAGCCUGCUAGAAAAACGAUGGCGAAUGACUCGAUGCAAACACCACGGCAGCAUGCGAACGCUACUGGACAGCAGCUGGAUAAAGUUUGGGCCAGCCGGCAGAGGGUCCAUCGAUUGGGUGACUGGGUCACCUUCUCCCCCCACGGUAGAGAGACAGUUACAGGGCUACAACUGGAAUGAGCUGAACCUCGACCAGGAGGGGAGGUCAGAGCUGCUCCUCUAUGUGGUCCUCCCCGUCGCCUCCCUCCUCAUUCUGGGCCUCCUGGUACUCCUGGCCUACUGGAGGUGCUCUUCUCCCAAGCUCAGCCUGGCCCAAAUCAUCGCCCUGGACCUCCAGGACGCCGAGAGCAGCGCUGAGUUCCUCUCCUCGCUCACCGGCCAACGCGAACGCCACACCAGCACCAGCUCUGACAUGUCGGACAGUGUGUUCGUCAUGGUCUACCUGCCGCCGCCCUACGAGGAGACGCUGACCAAGAUCACACGCGCCGCCAGUCUGACCAGUCGGAAAGACUCCAUGAAGAUAGAGGACCUGGAGGCCUGGCUGUGUCCGGAGAUCAAGUCCAGUGGACGCUACGUGUGACUGGGGAACACUGGGACUGUCUCUCAAAUGGCACCCAAUUCCCUAUAUAGCCCACAUAGGGCUCUGGUUAAAAGUAGUGCACUUUGUAGGGAGUAGGGUAUAACUAGCAAGCUCUUUAGAAUAAGGGGUUUUCAGUGGACUAAGAAAAACAUCAGACCUGAGUUAAUCUUUUGUGGGUACCAGCUUUCUACACAGAGGAGUGUGCAAUUGUAUGGAAGCUGGAAAUUGCAUUGACUGGCUGUACAGCAUACAGUACAUCUAGAUUCUCUACAGAGGACAUACGCUGACUAUGUACAAACCGUAGGUCACAGUAGGCAAAUAAAACUCUUUCAACGAUACAAAAAAGAAUAUACAAUUAAUUUGCGUUGUUUUUAUCUCCUAAAUGAAACCCAUUUUUACUUCCACACUACAACCCUCCUGUACCUGUGUUGUUUUACAGGUUGUUCCUUAUUUGGAGACUUAAGAAUGUCAAUGUGCAAAGUACAAGAAUGUUAGUCUUAUAUGUAAUACUGUAUGUUAUUUGAAUUUUAUUGUAAUUGUAUUUAUAUGUUAGAAGGUACAAAGACCUAGCCUGGGUACCAUGCCUUUGACAGGAGUGGCAAGGGGUGGAAUGUUAGCUAGACUGGUACCUGGACUUACAAAGACCUGGUCCAGGUUAAUAAUUCCCUUCAUUCCUUGGAAUCACAUCAUGAAUGUACUCCUAAAAACCUCAGACCUGAUACGUUUUAUAGACUACAUAACAGAUAUGCAGUAUAAUUUACAAGUAAUAUGUUUGUACAAAGUGUUAUAUUGUUUUUAAAUAAAUAAUAAGAAAAGCAUGGUUAGCAUGGUUAUGAUUGACAGAGUUCCGUCAUCAUCACUUAUGCACUUUGGCUGCAAAGUUAUAAUCACAUGCUGCCCCACUAUGGUACAUCUUGGUCAUAUCAUGUAGACUAUGUAGAGGUGAGCUCUCCUUUCCAAACGCAUGCCUUACAUUACAGCUAUGGUCUUGCUGCGUUUCUGAGCAAGAUUGUCAAGAAGUGUUAGAAAUGUCCAGGGGUCCAACUAGAUCUAGCAGCUACAGCAUUUCAUAUUCUACUCUUUGUACCAUUUAUUCUUGUAAAUGAUCAGUUUCAGAUAACUAGACUUCAUGGAAGCG